AGCUGGCUCUCACUCCCUUCCUGCUGCAUCACAACAGCCUGAGCAAGUCGACAAGCAGUGUUUACCGGGAGGGAGGCUGCCUCGCUAGUCUUUCAAAACAACUCCACGGACGUCCUGCCACUGGGGUGACCGACGGGAACUGGUUGCAGAGUGAUAACCCCGCGCCAGCUGUUGGGACAUGGCGAGGCCAGAACAGGUUCUGCUCUUGGAGCCUCAGCAGGAACUGAAAUUCCGAGGUCCUUUCUCAGAUGUGGUCACCACAAAUCUCAAGCUCUCCAACCCCACAGACAGAAAUGUGUGUUUCAAGGUUAAGACAACAGCACCGCGCCGAUACUGCGUGCGGCCGAACAGCGGAAUCAUUAAUGCAGGCACCUCAAUCAACGUCUCAGUCAUGCUGCAGCCUUUCGACUACGACCCCAACGAGAAGAGCAAACACAAGUUCAUGGUCCAGUCAAUGUUAGCGCCCCCUGACAUGACCGACAUGGAAGGAGUGUGGAAGGAGGCUAAACCAGAAGAGCUAAUGGACUCCAAGCUGAGGUGUGUUUUUGAGAUGCCUGUGGAGAAUGAAAAGACGCACGACAUGGAGUCCAACAAGAUGUCAUCCAGCUUGCUGAAGUCAGAGUCCUCGCUUCCUCCAAAAUCCUCGAGCUCCAAUCUUGAUGAUGGCGAAGUGAAGAAGAUAAUGGAGGAGUGCAAGAGACUGCAGAUGGAGGCGCAGAGGCUACGGGAAGAAAACAAACAGAUCAGAGAGGAUGACGGCCUUCGAAUGAGGAAGAGCAACAUGAUGUCCUCCCACGCUCCAGUGGGGAUGAAGAAGGAGGAGGGCUUGAGCGCCCGCUCCAUGGCUCUCAUCGUCAUCUUCUUUGUGGUGGGCGUGGUGGUGGGCAAGUUGGUCCUGUAGAGCACAGUAUGGCGGGCCGCAGCAUGCUUCUGUGGGGAUCACACCAAACAUGGGGUCUGGGGAUUUUGGAUCAAUGCCGUACCUGCUGGGUCGGAUUGGGUGGGAAGGGUCAACUUUUGAUUUGUGUAUAAAAGAUGAUGCUCAAGGCAAAAAGAGUUUUCGGAACAGACCUGCUGCUACAGAUUGGGUUGUAAUCCACACAGUUUUGUUCAGGCCACCCCCUCCCCCGCCCCCAAACUGAAGCGGACCAUGGGUGAGUGUCAGUGUACAAUAAAUGCCCCUUUAGAGUCUCUAAUCCGGACCAAGUCUGUUGUGCGAAUGUCAUUUUCAAACCACAGCAUUUGCAAUAGUGGGUCGGCCACUGCAGAGCAUAUCAGGGAGUUUCCUUCUAAAGAAGGUGAUGAGCCAGAGCAGAGCUGUAGGCGGUCGGGUCACACAGGGCUAACAAGUCAGAGACUUGGUCUGUGAUUGCACUGCGUUUGUUUGUUUUUUUAAUUUCCCACCGCACCUGUCACUCACACACACCGCACAUGGACUGCAUGAAAACACAGUGUGGCAUCUGGACCUUUGAAUCUAAUUGAAUUGCUUUGAUAUUAGAGUUCACGUUUGGUUUGCCUGUAGGUUUGCACAUUUGUCCUGUUGCUUUUUGCCUGACUCUGAGGGUUGUUUCUGUUCAUGUCCUGUAACACACAACACACCAGGCGCUUCGCCUUGUGACCUGUGAGGCCGAGCCAUUCUCAGGCCGGGACCGAGGUAUAAAGUACACGCAUCCACCCCCGUGAUGGUUGUUUAGAUUCACCUGGUCACAUCACCGCUACGUUCUCCAGCAUUUUAGUUCCGUUCCAUGUCCUUUCUCAGAGCCAUAUAUUGUUUUCAUGGAUCGAGCGCUAACUCUGUUUGAACUCCUCCUUCUGCAUGUCGGGAGUAUAUUUUUGCUGAGUCAUCAAGGCGUUUCAUUUGUUUCUGGGCUUAAUGCACUGAACUCAUGUCUGACUCAUCGACCGCCUUUACACCUGGCAUUCAAAUGUUUCAUUGUUCCUCGAUUGGAGCCGAGGUACCACUGCAGAUUUUUUUUUUUUUUAAUUAAAAGUGUAGAUUCUAUCUGGGCCUCAUGCCAAUGAAACAAAACAAAAUCCUCAUUAUUCUCUAAGGCUGCAUCAAAGGGUUAAAGCCUUUUUUUGCUGAAAGCUUAAAAAAGUAAUUUGUGUAAUGGUUUUUAUACGUGGCAGCUUUGCCUUGUUUUAUCUGAUCAGAUGGAGGAACUGGAAAACACUGUCAUCAUUCAUGUGCAGCUCAUUUUACCCACUGAUGUUUUUUGAAGCGUCUUUUUCCCCCAAAUGCUUGGCAGGAAAACAGCCAGUUAGUGAGUUUUUACAACACAAACUUCCACAAGUGAAAUUGUGCAACCACUCACUCACCCAAAUGUGUCCGAAUAAAGUUUUCCCAAAAGUUAUUCCCAACUGUCAGUUACACUUUAAUUUAAGGUCCAUGACAAUUACCCGGGUGAAAAUGAACCAAAUGCCACAUGUAAAGGGGCUGUCGACUCUCACGCUUAGCAAUGGGCAUUAUCUGUUUAUUUGGGGGGAGAAUGGAAAGUUAUCUCACAGAUUGUUACAUUUGUUGUAUUAUUUCAUGUGUGACAAAUGUAUAAAUGCAGGCUUCAAUGCUACCCUGUUAGAUUGCAAACAAAGAAAAGUUUUAUUGAGGUGAACAAACUGCAUUUUAGAGCCGUUGAGAGAGUCUGAUUCUCAUGCCACAUUCAAAAGUAUCUUGGUUCCGUUUAAGUGAAGUAUCCCAAUCACAGCACAUACUGUCAACGUAUUUUCCGUUCCAGUGGCUCUCCAUUUAUCCAUUAGUUUUUCUUUUCACGAGAGCGAGUGAGGACAUUUACGAAAUCAAAAAGAGUCACCCUGCAAAACUAAGUCAGUAACAGGAAAUGGUGAUGUUUGAGUCUGAGCCAGACAUGCAGUCUGAAUUAAAGUUCUGAGCAGCUCAUCUUCUUGUCUCGUCUGUUUGAGGUGGUUUUGUUUAAUGAAACGUGAGGCAGCCCAUCCCUCUCAUGUCCAGAGCUAGACGAGGAGAAACUGAUCCAUGUGGACUGAGAGUCUGUGGAUGUGAGGCCAGGAUGUUCUGCUGAAGGUGAUGUGUGGCAGGGUGCUUAUGAACAUCCACAGUCACCUGGUUCCUUAGUGUGGCUUCACAGCUUAAUCGAAGAGUUGCGUUUAUAGUUGUUCAAAGUUUUUGCCGCAGUUGUCGAAAGGAAGUGACGCAACGUACGCCCCAACAUUUCUAAUGUAGUUUGCAGAAGACUUGCUGCUGACAGGGAGGGUGCCGCCGACCCCCAUCAUCUCCGCUCGCCCACCGCAUUUUAUCCAAGGAAAGUCGUGCAGCUCUGCGGAGGAGCCAUGUAAAUACUCCCUGGUCCAGGCCCAGAUGUAUAAACACUACACUGACCAGUCUUCAAGUCACCGUGAUCUGUGUACGCAGACGGGAAACUGUUUUGUAUGUAAAUAAAUAAAUAUGUCUAUCUGAGAAGAAGGUUACUAUUCCCAGUCAAGUACUCUCUGGUGUUUAAAACAAAUGAACCUGGUUGGACAAUGUAGCAUCUUAAUAAAUUAAUAAAUUAAGUCUGGACUGAC